UCAACGACGGCAGCCGACCAUUUCCUGCAACAAAACUCGACUCAUCCUCCAAACACAGCUCUUGAAACACAACACUUCCUCUUUCACGACAGCAAGACCCUCGCCACCAUGUCCUCCUCGUCGCCGACGCCAUCGACAUCGUCGGCAGAGAGGAGAAUGUCAAACGGAAAGGCAAAGCCAAAGAAGGCUCCACCUCCAGUCUCGGUCCACUUUUUGGGAACAUGUAGUGGCGGCGGCCCCAUCAUCUCGCGCCAGUGUUCGGCCACCGCCGUCGACCUCGGCAACAACAUUUGGUUGUUCGACGCCGCUGACGGCACCAACAACCGGCUUCACCAGUCGUCCCUGCGCAUGGUGAACAUUUCGCGCAUCUUCAUCACGCACAUGCACGCGGAUCACAUUCUUGGCAUCGUGGCGAUCCUCGGCGUCAUCAUGAGCGGCGUGGGGCAGAGCCCAGCCGGUCUUGAGCGUCUGCGCCAGGCGGGCACCCUAAAGAGGCCGGAUAUCAACAUCUACGGACCCGCUGGCCUCCGCAGGCUGAUUCGCACCAUGCUGGAAUGCACAGCCAUCACCCUCACCGGCGCGUACGCCGUCCACGAGCUUAUCCCAGAGGGCGGCUCUCCUUCAGCGGCAUGCAAAGCUGGCGACCUCCACGUCAAUGAGGCCCAGGGAAUCGACUUCCACCCGAACGACCAGGGCGUGUGGGAAAACAUUGUGGACGACAGGCCAACCCGGGGUAUCAAAGGCUGGCGCGUGUCUGCAGGCCCAUUGAUUCAUCGAGUCCCCUCCAUCGGUUACGUCCUCACCGAGCCCGAGCCUCGUCACCCUCUCGACACGGCUGCACUCAUUCCGCUCCUGCAGCGCAACGCCGAAGCGCUGGCCGAGCUCGACCCGCCAAUCCGCCACCCGCUGUCGCUCUUGUCAAAGAUGAGCAGCCUACCACCCCCCAAGCCGUUCAAACUUCCCUCGGGCGAUGUUCUCUACCCACCCGAGCCAACAGGCGAAGCCGGACGCAAACUUGUCAUCUUUGGCGACUGCUCUGGCGGCACCCCAAACAAAGCAUUCCAACGCAUCUGCGAGGACGCAAGUCUGUUGGUGCACGAGUGUACCAAUGCGGCUAUCCCCGAGGGCGUAGGCAAGGGCGAGAAGGGCCGGCUUGUGCGUGCCGCAGGCCUAGAGCAGAGCUUGGAGAAGAAGCGAGACCAUGAGUUUGAGAUUUCCGCUCGGGAUCGCGGCGUCGUGCGCGAGCCGUGGGUCUUCCACGGCAAGCGUGGCGACACGGAGAAGCGUGUUGCAGCGGAAGACGAGUUUGCGGCGAAGAAGAUUGCAGUCCGAGCCAAGGCGCAGAGCCGAGGGCACUCGGCUCCAGAGGACGUGGGCGAGUUUGCAGCGGCGAUCCGCGCGCGACGUGUGGCAGUCAACCACUUUAGUGCAAUGUUCCCAUCGCCACGAUACGUGUCAAACGAUCCGUUCCCGUCUUUGCUCGGCCCGACUUCGCCGUUCCCAUACCCCACCGCCGAUAUCACGGCGCACGCGGCCAGACUUCCGCCGAUUCCCCUGUCUCCAAACGAGCUUCACUUGCGACUGAUCAUGCAGACAAUCGCCAACCAGAUCAGCGCCGAGUGGAACGGGCCGCACUGCGUACUGCAUGGCGUUGAUGAGCCGGAACCCCACCUGGUCAAGAUGGCCGUUUGCUCGCGGGACUUUAUGGUUUACCAUGUGCCGUCGCACGAGCUCACGUCGGAGGAGAUCAGGACAAUGGCCAAUGCGCAUUCCGAAGCGAACACGGUGCUCCGGAGCUGGGCCAACAGCGGUGGAGUAUGGACUGUGGAGCAGGGCAAGCAAACGUGGAUUGGGGUAGAGAAGGAGCCAGCUCCGACGCCGGCAGGGACACCAGUUCCGCCAGCUGUGGCGGGCGCUGGGGCAUAGGCGGCAACAACAUAGAUGAUGCAUGGGAUGGUAAGGUG